AUGAGCAUUCCAGAGUGGGCAAAAAGCGAACAAUCCAUCGAUGAAGCAAAAAGUUACUUACGUCAGGGUAACUCAGUGGAUUUCUUUGAGCUAGUCUCCAGCUCUGUUCUCCGUGAGCACCCUAACGAUAUAGCAGCCCACUGUUUGGAGUUGGUGCAGGCGAUUGCUGACGGGAGGGAGGCCCCAGGUGGUAGUGAUGCUCAUAACAAGAAAGUAGAAGACAAUAGGUAUGUGCGGGAAAAAAACAUUUGUGAGUUCCUCAAUGAGUGGAUUCUUGCAUUGCUGAAGGAGCGUCCCAAGACUGAUAGUGACCGCGUUGAGUUUCACAAACGCUACUUGGAAUCAGUAAUCGCCAGUGGGAGCGAUCGUAAUGAAGGCACGCUGAGUGAAGAUAAAGGAAAACCGCAAGAUAGUGAAGGUAAAAGCCAGACGGCAGAAAAUUCUGCGAAAUUGCCCCAAUAA